AUGACCGCUAAUCGACCACGCAGCGCUCAGGGCUGCAUGCACGAGGGCAACGACUUCUUGGUAGAGGACUUGCUAGCACUUAAACAACGUGUCCGUGAGUCAUCUCAUUUGGCCUCUAAUUACAGACGCGCCAUCGCUUCCGUUCGCGCACAUCCGACGCCUCUACGCAGCGCCCGAGAGGCCAAACAGCUCAAGAAUAUCGGCAAUUAUCUGGCGAAUAAAAUCCAUAGUAUUCUAAUAAAAAGAGGUUUAUUGCCAGUAGAACAAGCAGUCGCAUCUAAUGCACCACUUCUGACGGAAGUAACACACGUAGAAGCUGAGAUAUCGACCCAUAAGUCGGCAUUAGGGACACCAGAACGUCCAAUAAGGGAAUAUAUCCCGGCUUAUCGUAAACAGCCAUGGUACGUGCUAUUAGCGUUGCAAGAAGCCCAAGCGGUGGAUAAAGAUACAGCCAUAUCGAGUGACUCGUUGCUACAGAUGAUGCUGGCGGCUGGGUAUCAAGGUAAUCGAAGUAAAUUACGGACGUGUUUAGCGUCACUUAAUGGAACGCACGAGGUGAUAAAGAGGUCGGAUAUCGGCUAUUACUAUCUGACGGACAACGGUCAACGUAGUGCAGAAUUGUGUCCAGGAUCACUGACCGGAUUAUCUUCAAAAAAUACUGCUACUCCUGCUACAGAUACUUUAUGUUUUACGUCGGACAAUAGCUCGAGACAGCAGACUUUGGCACGUGAAGCUGUCCGACGAUCUUCAUCAAGUCUUAAUUCGACGUAUAUUGAAGUGGAGGACUCGGACUCGGAUGCUGAGGUUGUGAGUGAAGAAGUACCGGAACCAGAGCCGGAAAGAGUUAACAGGAGCUGUAUUAUUCCUGAAGACUUCAUUCACGAGACAGACUCGUGGGAGUUGGUGCUACUGUUGGAUCAUCGUGAGAUCAUUGAACGACGCAAUCCGCGCAUUCUAGAGAGAAAGUUGCUAGAGCAAAACGUGAACUGCGAGGUGCGUGCACUUGGAGUUGGUGAUGUGCAAUGGAUAGCUCGCCGACAUCGCAUUGGCGAAGAAACACAGGAAUUCAUGAUGAACGUUAUCGUCGAGCGAAAAGAAGUUCACGAUUUGUCGGGCAGUAUCAUUGACCGUCGCUUCUUUGAGCAGAAAUUACGCCUAGCAACCGUGCGUGAGAAUUGUGGUGACGUGCGUGUCAUUUAUCUUGUUGAAGGCUCUCUGUCACAGAUAACUACCGUCCGCACGAGUGGUCUUGAUACGGCAAUGGGUCGAACCCAGGUCCAAAACAACUUUUUUGUUCAGCAGUGCCAGAACGCGGAUGAGACCGUGACGUUCCUCGCUCGUGUAUACGCACGUCUACUUGCCAAAUUCCCUCCGAACCCGAGGAUUGUCAAGCCUGCUUGCUCGCACCUGCUAUCCCAAGGGAGAUACAACGCGGAUGACUUUGCACGAACAUUUUGUCUGCCACCGCAGACCUUCAUCCCGUUUAACUCUCGGUUUCGAAAGAAACCUCAGCUUACCGUGCGUGAAAUUUUUCAGCAAAUGCUCUUGCAAGUGCCCGGACUGAGUGCUGCCAAGACCGUGGAUCUGUCAGCGAAGUACCAGAACUUUCACGAGUUGGAAAGUGCUUUACGUAAACGUGGCCGAAAUAGUGAGGUCGAACACGUUCGUUGUGGGAAAAACCAGCGUCGUCUCGGUUCCAAGGCACACCAGUACCUUUGCGAGUUGUUGACUGCUAGUGAAUACACGGACAAUAUGUGA